AUGGGUGUAAAUAGUCAAUAAAUACUGUUAAUUCAUAAUAAUUAAGCAGAAACACAAUGCAGUUAUCAAAGUCUGUGCUUUUGUUUUUGUUUUUCACUCAUUUUUGUUUAUUUCAAACGCCUGCAUUUGCUAUUAAAAAGUCUUAUAUAGUGUACUUGGGAUCCCAUUCACAUGCUCCUCAAGUUUCUGAGGCUGAUCUUCAAGCGGUAACUCGGUCUCAUCAUGAGUUUUUAGGCUCCUUUAUUGGAAGUACUGAAAAGGCUAGAGAUGCAAUUUUCUACUCAUACAAAUACCAUAUCAAUGGAUUUGCCGCUCAUCUUGAAGAGGAAGAGGCAGCUCAAAUUGCAAAGCAUUCAAAGGUUGUAUCAGUUAUCUUGAACGAGCCAAAACAGCUUCAUACAACACAUUCAUGGGAAUUUAUGUUGCUGGAAAAGAAUGGUACAGUACAUCCUAGUUCCUUGUGGACCAAAGCCGGAUUCGGUGAAGAUAUCAUCAUAGCUAACCUUGAUUCUGGUGUUUGGCCUGAAUCAAAGAGUUUCAGCGAUGAAGGAUAUGGUCCCGUACCAUCAAGUUGGGUAAAAGGAAAAUGUCAGAAUGAUACAUUAGUUCCAUGCAACAGGAAGCUUAUCGGAGCUCAAUUCUUCAAAGAGGGUUAUGAAGCAGAUGGAAAUGAAUUGGACCCCUCUUUCUACACUGCUCGGGACUACGAAGGCCAUGGAAGUCACACACUGUCAACUGUCGGUGGUAACUUUGUUCCCGGAGCCAGUUUGCACAAUGCAGAAGCAAUCAGUGGAACUGCUAAAGGUGGUUCUCCAAAAGCUAGAGUGGCUGCUUACAAGGUGUGCUGGCCUGGAGCAGGAUGCUACAAUGCUGAUAUAUUGGCAGGAUUUGAAGCCGCCAUCCGUGAUGGAGUUGACGUGAUUUCACUUUCCAUUGGUGGGGAGGUUCAGGAUUACAACCAUGAUGUAAUUGCAAUUGGUGCAUUCCAUGCUAUUCAGAAGGGAAUUGUAGUCGUGUGCUCUGCAGGUAAUGAUGGACCAACCCCAUCCAGUGUCACAAAUAUUGCUCCUUGGAUUAUAACUGUUGGAGCAAGCACCAUAGACCGACAGUUUCAAACUUGGGUUGAACUCGGCAACGGUCGCCGCCUUAAGGGAGAAAGUUUUACCAAGGAAAUGCCUGAAUCUAGAUUAUAUCCCCUUAUUAGUGGAGUGCAGGCUAGGGCUUCUAAUGCAUCUGCUAAAGACGCUGAGCUUUGUAAGCCAGGAUCAUUGGAUCAUGAGAAGGUCGGGGGUAAGAUCUUGGUUUGCUUGAGGGGGGAAAAUGCAAGAGUCGAUAAAGGUCUGCAAGCCUUCUUGGCUGGUGCAGCAGGGAUGAUUCUUUGCAACGAUAAGCAAAAUGGUAAUGGACUCGUUUUGGAUUUUCAUUUUCUGCCUGCGUCACACAUCAACUAUACAGACGGCCUCACUGUCUUUUCCUACAUUAACAGUACCAAUAAUCCUGUGGGAUAUAUCACGCCUACAGAGCAAGUUAUUGGCGUAACACCUGCUCCAGUCAUGGCUUCAUUUUCAUCUGUUGGGCCGAAUCCUCUUACACCUGAGAUCCUGAAGCCUGAUAUUACUGCCCCUGGAGUGAAUAUUAUAGCAGCCUUCAGUUUAGGAAAAAACCUUACUGGUCUAGACAAUGAUAACCGUACGACUCCUUACAUCACUAUGUCUGGUACAUCCAUGUCUUGUCCCCAUGUCUCUGGAGUUGUCGGUCUUCUCAAAUCACUCCAUCCUGGCUGGAGUCCUGCUGCAAUUAGAUCAGCAAUCUCAACAACUGCAAGAACAAGAGAUAACACUGACAAUCCAAUGCUUGAUGGAUCUUUUGAAAAAGCAACACCAUUCAGUUAUGGUUCUGGACAUAUAAGGCCAAACCGUGCCAUGGAUCCAGGUUUAGUCUAUGACUUAAGCGUCAAUGAUUACUUGGACUUCCUUUGUGCCAAUGGCUACAAUGAUACCAUGGUUGAGCAGAUCUCUCAGAGUCCUUAUAAUUGCCCAAAAUCAGCUAGUCUUCUAGAUUUCAACUACCCCUCAAUUACAGUCCCUGCACUGUCUGGCUCAGUAACGUUGUCCCGAAAAUUGAAGAAUGUGGGUUCACCGGGAAAAUAUGUUGUUCACAUUCGAGAACCAUAUGGAAUUUCAGUUUCUGUAAAGCCAAGGAUCUUGAAAUUCGAGAAGAUUGGAGAAGAGAAGAGCUUUAAGAUCACUUUGAAAGCUAAGUGGAAGGGUGCAGCCAAAAACUAUGAAUUUGGAAGUCUAACAUGGACAGAUGGUUUCCACAAUGUUAGGAGUCCAAUUGUAGUUGCUGCUGCUUAGGCAAUAGGUCUAUGUAGCUGCUAGGAGUUAGUUUUCAGCUUAAUUAAUUGUUUGUUAGAUUGGGGAAGAGAAUUAAAUUGUUUGCCUAACAUAUUUAUAUCAU